GUUUGUUUCCUGGUUUCAUAAUUGACACAACUCAGACAUAAAACUGACUGUUGAAGGGUGCAGAGUGUGAAUCUGCUCGAGCAGGUGUGACUGACGAGUGAUCUCAAGAUGUCUAAAACCAACAAAUCCAAAUCUGGAUCUCGUUCUUCUCGUUCGAGAUCUGGGUCGAGGUCACGCUCACGUUCCUUCUCCAAAUCUCGUUCCCGUUCUCGCUCUGUUUCACGCUCGAGGAAACGCAGGCUCAGUUCUAGGUCCCGUUCAAGGUCAUAUUCUCCAUCUCAUAACAGGGAAAGGAACCAUCCAAGAGUCUAUCAGAACCGGGAUUUCAGAGGUCAUAACAGAGGAUACAGGAGACCGUAUUAUUUCCGAGGCCGGAAUCGAGGGUUCUAUCCGUGGGGCCAAUAUAACAGAGGAGGAUAUGGGAAUUACAGGUCUAAUUGGCAAAACUACCGCCAAGCUUACAGCCCUCGCAGGGGGAGGUCACGCUCCCGUUCACCCAAGAGAAGGUCUCCAUCCCCAAGGUCUAGAAGUCAUUCUAGAAAUUCGGAUAAGUCGUCAUCCGAUCGGUCGAGGAGGUCUUCCUCUUCUCGGUCCUCCUCCAACCACAGCCGAGUUGAGUCUUCCAAGCGUAAAUCUGGGAAGGAGAAAAAGUCAUCUUCCAAGGAAGCCCGAGCAUCUCAGGCUGCAGGAGAAAACCAAGGUGAUGAUUCUAAAGAGCAGCCGUUUUCAGGAGCAGCUGCUCAAGAUGCCAAGGCGUCUGAGGGAUCAAAGCCAUGGCAAGAUGUGUCCACCUAUGGCAGCAGCUCAGCGUCGAGAGCUGCUGCGCCUGAGCUCAGCCCGAGGGAACGCAGCCCUGCGUUAAAAAGCCCUCUGCAAUCAGUUGUGGUGAGGCGGCGUUCUCCUCGGCCAAGUCCAUUGCAGAAGUCGAGCUCCCCGCUGUCCAACCCCUCACAGAUGAGCUCUGCAUCACAGAGCAGCACCUCCUUUCAGGCAGGAUCUCAUCAGAGCCCAUUUGACCACGGCUCGUCAGGUUUGAGUCCAACAAGAAAGAGCCCUGUGUGCAAAAGUCCAACGCCAAUCAGUUCCAUGUAUGGUACAUCUCAGAAGGAGGAAACCUCAGCUCCUGGUGGGGGAGCCUUCUCCAAGAGGUAUCUGGAAGAGCAGAAGACUGAGAAUGGGAAAGACAAAGAUCAGAAAGUAACAAAUGUCGAGAAGGAAAAAAAUAAAGAAAAAGGGAAUUUCUCUGAGGUGGGAUCAACAGAUGGAAAGGCAAAAUCUGAUUCCUAUGCAUCCAAAGCAGAUUCUGAGAAGGGAUACCGUGGCAGUCAGUCACCCAAGCGCUACAAGUUCCGAGAUGACUUUGACAAGCCAAAGGCACCGGAGUUCCACAAGGAAAGUCAUUAUGGCAAAGAGGAAACGGAUGAUCAGGAAAAGAAAGAGAAGGCAAAGGGCCGUAAGGAUUGAUUUGAUGAUGAGCCCAAAUUUAUGUCUAAAGUGGUGGCGACAUCGAGUAAAAGUCAAGAAGAGGAUAGGCAAGGCAAAUGGGAAGGUGUGGUGUUCUUGCCACCUGGAAAAGAGAAGCAAAGAAAGUCUGAGGAAAUGGAGGAGGAGAGCUAUUCUGAGAGAUCUAAAAAAGAAGAGAGGCCGGCGUCCAAGAGAGCUGAGCCGGGUCACCGGGGCUUUGUUCCUGAAAAGAAUUUUAGGGUGACCACUUAUAAAACAAGCCAGGAAAAAAGUUCUUCUCCCCCACCAAGGAAGGCCUCUGAGGUAAAGGAGAAGCCAGGUUCCAAAGGAGAUGGGCUGGCUCCUGGCAAGUCCUCCUUUUCCAUUACUCGUGAGGCCCAGGUCAAUAUUCGGAUGGAUUCCUUUGAUGAAGAUCUUGCGCGUCCAAGUGGCAUACUGGCUCAGGAACGCAAGCUGUGUCGUGACCUUGUGCACAGCAACAAAAAAGAGCAGGAGUUUCGUUCCAUAUUUCAUCAUAUUCAGUCUGCUCAGUCUCAGCGAAGUCCUUCUGAACUGUUUGCUCAACACAUAGUGACUAUAGUCCAUCACGUAAGAGAGCAUCACUUUGGAUCGUCAGGAAUGACGCUGAACGAACGCUUUACCAAAUACCUAAAGAAAGGAAUGGAACAAGAAGCAGCUAAAAAUAAAAAGAGCCCUGAAAUUCACAGGAGGAUAGAUAUUUCUCCCAGUACUUUUAGAAAACAUGGAUUCUCUCAAGAGGAAUCGAAAAGCUCCAGAGAUCCCAGCUUCAAGGCUGAAGGGAAAUAUAAGGACGACCCUGUUGACCUGCGCCUUGAUAUCGAGCGCCGUAAAAAACAUAAGGAAAGAGAUCUUAAACGUGAUAAAUCCAGAGAGUCGGUGGAGUCCAGAGAUUCCAGUCACUCAAGGGAAAGAUCGACUGAGAAAACGGAGAAAAGUCACAAAGGCUCAAAGAAAAAGAAACACCGAAGGGUGCGUGAGAGGUCCAGAUCCAGCUCGUCAUCCUCACGGUCCUCUCAUUCAGUGAAAGCAGAGGAGUAUCCUGAGGAGACUGAGGAGAGGGAGGAAAGCACCACAGGCUUUGACAAGUCCCGACUUGGAACUAAGGAAUUCACAGGUCCAAAUGAGAGAGGAAGAGCCCGAGGGACCUUUCAGUUCAGAGCGAGGGGGAGAGGAUGGGGCAGAGGCAACUUUUCAGGCAACAACAACAGCAACAGUGGUGGCAACAAUGACUUCCAGAAGAGAAGCAGAGAAGAGGAUUGGGAUCCCGAAUACACACCGAAGAGCAAGAAGUACUACCUGCACGACGACCGCGAGGGCGAAGGCGCAGAGAAGUGGGUGAGCAGAGGCCGUGGCCGCGGUGCCUUCCCACGAGGACGAGGGCGUUUCAUGUUCAGGAAGUCCAGCACCAGCCCCAAAUGGGCUCACGAUAAAUUCAGCGGUGAAGAAGGAGAAAUCGAAGACGACGAGAGUGGGACGGAGAACAGGGAGGACAAGGACAGCCUGCAGUCGGCAGCCGAGUAGCUGCGGUGCUGGGAGCAGCACUCGCUGUGCUGGGCCUCAGGGCGGCCCAGGAGCCCCUCGAGGGGCUCUGACACAACCCCGAAGUUCCCUGCGUUGUCAGAGCUCUGCCCCCUCCGUGCGGGCGAGAACUGAUGCAUCAUUUCUGCUUGGGUCCGCUCACGGAGCGUAUCUUCCCAAAGACAUUGUGACUGAAUGAGGUCGAGUGCUGGGUGAGGCCCUGGCCGUUCUGUCCGUGCCCUUACGGAAUGGUUCUGUUUGUUUUGGGGGUUUAUUUGGUAACAGGCUUUGAAGGCGCCCUGGAGUUGGGUUUGUGCCCACCUUAGCCCGCUAGUUGAUGGUUUUGUUUCUCUUUUAUAAUUUGAAGUAGUACAGCUCGGGGUUAUCUCACCCGUUCCCAUUUUUCUCCCCCCGUUGUGUAUUCAGUUUUGUUUUGUUUUGUUUUUUUUAAUUUCAUACUCUCCUUUUAGGCCUUUGUGUAGUAACAUCAAUUAAAUGAUCAUUUUGGAAACUAUUUUUGGUUCUUGAAGUAAGAAGCGAUGAAGCAUGUGAAUAAAGAUCUAAAUGUUAACUUGUUGGGA